GGGUUUCACUGUGUUGUCCAGGCUGGUCUCAAACUCCUGACCUCGGUUGAUCUGACUGCCUUGUUGUCCCAAAGUGCUGGGAUUACAGGCCUGAGCCUCGGCACCUGGCCAUCAGUCUUUUUGAUUCAGGACAUUUUUUCUCUAGGAACUGGGAAUCACUGAUUUGAAAUGUAAGUAUCAAAGAAGACAGCCAUAUCUCAUACUGUCUCUAGGAGAGCAGGCAUCUACUUUCAGGCACUUGGCUCCAAGUUGCAAAUCUAUCUGUCACAAAGACAUGAGAGUUUUUUUGCCUUUGACCAUAGCCAAUCAAAAAACACAGAUGGCCUCCCAAUUGCCCAGUGAAUUUAAGAUGAACUGUAUCUGACAGAUGGUGCUGUCAGGCCUUCUACUGGAGGACUAAUUAUGGUGACUUUUUCACCAGUGAGUGUUUUUCCAGUCUUAGCAGAUUGCCUGUAAUGUCUUUCACAUUCUGCUCUGAUUGUGUCAUAAAACAGUUUUCUUUCUUUUCUACCAUUGUGGAUAGUUUUUCUAGUGAUUUUGUUUUUAAUUAUGUUUCCCAAACAUUGCAAAAUGUAAGGUGCCCACCCACCAGGCCUCACGCUAGAGGGGCCUUUCCCUCUAAGACAUCCAGUCACAACCCACAGUUGUGCAGCAAACUGCCCAUUGCCCCGAAAAUGUGCAGGCAAAAUCGUCUCUCUUCUUAUUUGGAAUCUUUAAUCCCUUCUAGAACAGUGUGGCCUUUUGUAGAACUUAUUUCUACAAAAAUAAGUUCACAGGGCAUCAUUUAGCCAUUCCAGCUGUGUCUUUCCAUGCCCCUGGCAUCUUCACACCUGAAACUGAUUCAGAGACCAUGGGGCCUGGAAACCAACCAGGCACACACGUGCAUUGAGUAGGCCUGAGAAUCUCAACAUUCCCCUCAUCCUCUUGCCCAAAUGCCCACGAACGUGCAGAGGGUGCCAGCCACUUCCCUGCCCCUCCAACACCUAGAUCUGCAGCUCCAAAUGUUGGACCUAGGUCCCGGGGUUCUCCAGAAUGUGUGAGAGGAGCUUUCCUGAGGGGCUGUCUCCUCUAGUUUUCCUCUCUUCACAGCAACACCCAAGAAUGCAGAGCCAGGUUGAUUCCACCUAGAGUCUGCACAUAAAUGCUGGUCUCCAUCUGGGAUCCUCAAGACAGGGUCAGACUCUAGACCGAGGAUGUAUAGAAAAUCCAGGGGACAUUUUCUGCAUUAUGAGAGAUUGCCGUAGACCUUGUAAAGUCCUGCAUUUUGUGUGGGUUCCUUCAAGUUAUCCAGAUCUUGUCCAGUGAGCUGCUGCAGUUCUUGUGAGGGCCUUCUGGUCUAAGCAGAAUCUGUGGCAGAAUCUGUGAGUGUAAAGCAACGCCUUAGCAGAGGGAGGGCAGGGCCACAACUGUCCAGAGCCAUGAGUGAAGCCACACCUUCCUGUGAGCUGUGUUACUGGAGUAGGGUCAUCUUGUCCUCUCUUGUACCCAAGAGUUACCUGUUCAGGUAUAGGUAAUAUUACACCUGGAUCCAGGAUCUGUGGCUCCACUGAGGCAGUCCCACUUUCUAUCCUGGCCUCACAGAGUCAGCUGAGUCUCUCCUGCCCAAAUCACUAUUGGGGCAUCAGCAUGGGAUCACCAGGGACUCUCUCACCAGCACCUGGGAAUCCUUGAGACAUUUGGUGAUGUUCUGUGCAGGCUGAGGUCAGGCUGACCACAGGAUCUAAUCUUCCCAUCUCAGAGGAAAAGGAAUGAGUCAUCCAGGAUUUGUCCCUCCACUCACAGAAGGAAUCUCUUUAUUUGGCAUCCAAAUGGGCUUUGCUCCAGUUUUCUAAUAUGUGGGUGAAGAACAGAGAGGAGGUCUGGAGACUCAGACUGACAGGGACUGCUGACAUUCAGGGAUGUGGCCAUAGAAUUCUCUCUGGAGGAGUGGGAACACCUGGACUCAAAUCAGAAGAAUUUGUAUGGGGAUGUGAUGUUAGAGAACUACAGAAACCUGGUUUGUCUGGGUCUUGCUGUCUCUAAGCCGGACCUGAUCACCUUUUUGGAGCAAAGGAAAGAGCCCUGGAAUGUGAAGAGUGCAGAGACAGUAGCCAUCCAGCCAGAUAUAUUUUCUCUUGAUACUCAAGCCCUCUUGAGAAAGAAGCGCAUAGAAGCAUCAUUCCAAAAAGUGAUAUUGGAUGGAUAUGGGAGCUGUGGACUUCAGAAUUUACACUUAAGGAAAGAGUGUGAAAGCGACGAGAAAAAUCAGUACAAUAAAUCUGAUGCAACAUUAAGCCAAGGCAUAAGCCCUAGAAGACAUCAGAAAACUCAUUUUCUACAGAACCAUUACAAAUGUAAAAAAUGUGAGAAAGUCUUUCAUGAAUGCACCAACCAUAUCCAUCAGAGUAUCCAUAUUCAAGAGAAGUCUGUCAAAUGUAAUAAGUGUGUAGAAACUUUUAUCCAGUCAUCAAAUACUCAGCCUCAGAGAAUCCACAUUGGAGAAAAGUCACACAGACGUAAUAAUGGUGAGAAAAUCCUUAGUAAAUUGUCGAGUCUAAGAAAACAUAAGAUAAUCCAUAAUGAAGAGAAACCUUACAGAUGUAGAGAAUGUAAGAAGGUUUUUAACUAUAUUUCACACCUUACUCAACAUCAAAGAAUUCAUACUGGAGAGAAACCCUACAAAUGUAAAGAAUGUGGCAAAGCCUUCAAUUCUAGUUCAUAUUUUAAUAGCCAUCAGCGAAUUCACACUGGAGAAAAACUUUACAGAUGCAAAGCAUGUAGCAAAUGUUUUACUCAUUCUUCAAAUCUUCUUGUGCAUCAGAGAAUUCAUACUGGUGAGAAACCUUACAAAUGUAAAGAAUGCGGUAAAUCAUUUAGACUAUCUUCAGUCCUUACUCAACAUGAGAGAAUUCAUACUGGAGAGAAACCCUACAAAUGUAAAGAAUGCAGCAAAGCCUUUAACUGUAGGUCUUACCUAACUAAACAUCAGAGAAUUCAUACAGGAGAAAAACUUUACACAUGUAAAUCAUGUAGCAAAUCUUUUUCCCGUUCCUCAAGUCUUAUUGUCCACCAGAGAAUUCAUACUGGAGAAAAACCCUAUAAAUGCAAAGAAUGUGGCAAAGCCUUUAAUUGCAGUUCACGCCUUACUCGACAUCAAGAAAUUCAUACUGGAGAGAAACCGUACAUAUGUAAAGAAUGUGGCAAAGCCUUUAACUGUAGUUCAUACCUAACUAAACAUCGUAGAAUUCAUACUGGAGUAAAACUUUACAAAUGCAAAGCAUGUAGCAGAUCUUUCUCUUGCUCCUCAACCCUUACUCGACAUGAGAAAAUUCAUACUAGACAAUCUCUAUAGUUGUAGUAAAUGUGGAAAGAGUUUUAUCCAAAAUUUAGAACUUAAAAAUUACCAUAGAGUUUAUAGGGAAACAGACUUUAUAGACUGAAUAAAUGGGAGGAAGUAUUUAAUCAACACUCAAGUCUGAAUGUGUCAAAACUUACCCAAAAAAGAACUAAAGCACAGAUCCUCAGACUUUAAAUUAAAUAACAAGAGUAUUUAUUACGGAGAAUUACUCUAAAACCAAAGCAGUUAUUUAUUUUGUUUCUUAAAUUAGUUGUUACACCUUAAUGCCUAGUUUAUAUAAAAACAUAUAGUCUAUUUUUUCUGCAUCAGAGCUGUGAGAGGUCAUUCUAGGGUAGAUGAAUAUCAUCAAUAUCUAUUUUCAUGGAAGUUUAAUGGCAAAUAUAAAAUGCAUAAAGAAAAUCUAAAAGAUGCUCUUUGUGUUUAAAUUAUAAAACAGUAAUGCAUGUAAGCAUAUACUACAUAUUUAGGGCAUUAUUAUUCUAUGCUAAAGUAAAAGAGGAAUAGUCUGAAUUUAUUAAUUACAUCAGUUGCCCGUUAAGUUGAAGAAAACUGAUCAGUUAUUUAAAAUACUGGCAUACCAUUAUAAUACAAUGAAGUAGUAAUCUUGAAUAUUAUUUGAUGUGUUAAAAAUGUCUUCACAGAUAUGAGAGAAAAGUGAAAACUUGUAUCUGAAAGAUUGUAAAUAUACCUCAUAUCAAUUUUCAAGAGGACUUUAAUAUUGAUAGUAUUCUCAUAGUUACUAAAUUGUAUUCUUUCCUGCUUUUUGUAGCUACUAGUUAAAGCAGUUAUAAUAAAGAUUAUAUGGGAGUAUACUUAAAAGCCAUACAUUUAAAAUCUUGAAUCACUAUUUUUAAAAUUAUAUUCAAUAGUUUUCUUUAUACAUGCCCUUUUUCAAUCCAAUUGAACACUUACAGAUUUUUCUUGGCUUUGACUUACAUUAAAUGGAAUAUACAGAUAUAUCAAGAUAGAAAGAAAAAGGUUUAAGAGAACUAUACCAGCAGAAAUGCAUGUGUGUGUACCUAUCUUCAAAUGGAAAAGAAAAUCAUGGAUCACAACAGGAAAUUUGAGAACUGUUGAUUUACUACCAAACUAGAAGAUUCACAAAUUCUCAAAGCAGAAUAGUUUCUCUAUAGUACGCUGAAAUUUUCUCUCAUAAAUCUAAUGUCUUCUGGGUUCAAAGUCUAUCCCAUACAAAUCCUUUUUUCUUGCCUAUGAUUCAUGUAAGAAUAAUUAUAUGAUUUUCUUAUUUCAAAGCUUAUAAAAUGUUGCUUAUAUGU